AUGAAAGCCGACGUAUUGAUCCUGAUUAUUUUCUACUUAAAACACAACUCCGCAUCUUCUCCUCGUUUAACCGAGAAUUGUGGGCUUGUUACAACAACGCCAGGCUCCGUGAUAAGUGAACGCAUUUUGAACGGCACAAACGCGACUCCUGGAGCUUGGCAAUGGAUGGUUGAAAUUGUCGAUCCAUUCGGACACCGCUGCGGUGGAGCCCUGAUAAGCUCCCGACAUGUGUUGACAAGUGCUCACUGUCUGACCCGAAUACCCAUGGACCUCUUUAGUGUUUUGCUUGGGAGCUAUUCCAGGCAGCAAGCAGAGAAAGAAGGACUGAAGGAAGAAAUUGAAUCCAUCUGCAUGUACUCUCAAUUUGUAAAGGACAAAUUCGAGACUGACAUUGCCAUCAUAACACUGAAGAGGCCUGUGGAACAUUCAGAAACCAUUAAACCAGUUUGUGUGCCCGACAUCAAUAACAAUCCAGAUUGUGAGGUUCCCAUGUAUGUUGCUGGAUGGGGAUACACUGAACCGCUCAUAUGGAAGAACCAGUCUUUGUCUAAAGAUAUGGACGGGUCUCAUGCCAAAGAAGAUUUGAUGACAGUAAACCCCGGCUCCGAGAAAAAAUCCCAAGAAGUAACUGAAGACACAACCGAGUAUUUUGACUAUGAAGAUGUUGCGACACCAGGGUCCUCGGUCAAAAAUAAAUUUCCAGAUAUGCUCCAAGAAGCCCGGGUUCGGUUAAUCCCGAAUGAACAAUGCGAUAAGCUGUAUAACGACUCGUCACUUCAUGGAAACAUCGUUUGCGCUCUGCACGACUUCGGAUCUAUAUGCUCGGGCGACAGUGGAGGCCCGCUGGUGUACAAGACAAAGGAUGGCCGCUGGACCUUGAUAGGACUAAUAACCGCUACCGAGUUGCCAUGCAACGUCACCGAUCUCCCGAUGUACUUCCUUAGAAUCAAGCCCUUCAUGGAAAACUUCAUCCUUCCGUGCGUUCAAGAUCCUAGUGAUUGCACAUGCAAGCCAGCAAAUGAUACAGAAUCCAGCAUUUAUUAUUAG